AUGAUUAGUUGGUUGGAUUGGAUUACCAUUGGCAUUGGACUUCCUUUAACUCUGAUAGUAAUAGUUGCAGUUUUUCUACAGGUGAAAAAGAACCAGGGUUGCCCUAUCUUCGUCAUCAACCUUCUCUUUUCUGAUCUUAUUCAGUUCUGUGGUAAAAUUACAAUGAAUAAGGAUUAUUAUACAGGUUAUGUCAUCUUUUGCAUUGGUCUAUUUGCCAGUCUUGGAUUCAUGGUCUGUAUCUCCCUGGAAAGGUAUUUGGUCAUUGCCAAGCCACUAUGGUACAGAUUCAGGAGAAACAUCAAGACAUCUGUGGUUGUCUGUGUCGUGGUCUGGGUUCUUUCUGUUCUUUUUCUGCUAACUCCUGGUAGUCCAAUCAUGUUAGCAUGUCUUCACGUCCUGCCCAUCCCCGUCUUCAUCUUCUGCUUGGUUGGGACUAUUAAAGCUCUUUCUGGAGCCGUCAGUGUCCCACCAGAUGAAAAACGACGAAUUGCAGCCAUUCAGGUUGCAGUACUGCUAAUUUAUAUUCUGCUUUUCCUCCCCAUCAUAGUCGUUCUACUAUUAGAAAUGACCAGUUUUGAAGUUUAUACAUAUAUAUAUGCUAUAUGUUAUGUUUGUCUGUCUCUUAGUCCCCUUGCAGACACAAUUUUGUAUUUGUUAAGUCGGAAAAGCUUCCUGGAUAAGUUUCUGGCUUCACUCUGUUCUUGUAAAACAUCUGACAGUCAGGAGAUGAGCACCAGGGAUAUUGAAAGCACGACUGUGGCAAAUACUGAGACUGUGUAG